AUGGCUGGCGCAAACCAUACCGAGUAUGCCGACGUCGACGAUACCGAGCUCGCGAUCACCGUAGGCGCCCAUGCCCUCAUCAAACCCAAGCUAGAUGCCAGCGACCACCAGCAGAUCACGGUCCGCAAAGGAGUCUCUGCCACGACGAUUGAAAAGUACAUACAGAAGACCCUAGGCCAGGAGGAUCUGCCCGACGAAAAGCGACCCGGUAUUUCCUUGACGGAGCAAGAAAAGACACCACCAGAUACUGCCAAGGGACAGAUCUCGAUGCUUCUGGUCGGGUUGUGCGCAGAUUCCGUCCAGUUACCCGAGUACAAGGUCAACGCCAAAGCCGCAACACCUCCCAACCUCUACUAUCUCCCAAAGGACACCAAGGUUCUGCGGGUGGCGACCCUCAUCAAGGAGAACGUCGUCAACGCGGAUCUAUUCGCCCUUGUCGACCAACGAGACGGGCUCUGCGAGGCGUACAAGAUCUCCUCGAAGAACUGCUUCUACUUUCCUGCUUUCAGGACGAAGACUAAGAACAGACAGGUGCGAGCCACAGAAUGGCAAAGCAUCGUUAGGGCGGCGGUCAUCAACAUAGCAUCCGUUGGCAAGCCAUCUCCGGAGGCGGAGCUGGACGUUCUUCUUUGCGAUUUCUUCGAUAAGAAUGCAGAGAUGGACAUGGACGAGGUGUAUAAGCGCCUACCGGGGUGUUGGGCUGAUACCGGGGUCGAUUACGGCGUGGAGGUCCUGGACAGCGUGAGAAAAGCGGUUCGCUUCUGUUGCGUGGUGGUUGAGGCGAGGUUGCGCAGGGGCUUCCUUUUGCUGGUCUGCCACAGGAUCAAGCGGACGCCGGACGACUGGGAGUACAACAAGGAGGCGACGUUGCUGGAGUGUGAGAGGAUGGCUGGUGCUAUGUGUGAUCUAAAGGCGAGGGGUUGA